UUCCCUGGAAGCCCUCAGCUGAUCCCUGCAGGAAUGGCCCCGGGGCUCAGUGCUUCUCCACCAGUUGUGCUUCUGCUCCUGUCCCUGCUGGGUCUGGCUGCUGCUGGAAAGCUCCUGGUGGUGCCGGUGGAUGGGAGCCACUGGCUGAGCAUGCGGGAGGUGCUGGACAAGCUCCAGCAGAAGGGACACGAGGUGGUCGUGGUGGCACCUGAAGUCUCCAUGCACAUCAAACCAUCAAAGAACUUUGUGAUGAAAAGGCACUCAGGCCCCAUCACCCAGGAAGAGAUGGAGGAAAAUUUCAAGGUGUUUCUGCAUGCUUCAUUAGAAGAAGGAUCCUUUCUCGAAAGAUUUCCUAAAUUGUUCCAACAUAUGAAAAGGCUUGGUGAUUUGGCACUCAGCAGUUGUGAACAUCUCCUGGAAAACAAAGAGCUCAUGAGCUAUCUUGAGGAGAGCAAGUUUGAUGCCAUCCUUACAGACCCUGUAAUACCUUGUGGGGUGAUCCUGGCUGAGCAUCUUUCACUUCCUUCUGUGUUCUUCUUACGCGGAAUCCCAUGUGGGUUAGAUUUUGAAGCCACUCAGUGUCCCAAUCCUCCUUCCUAUGUCCCCAGGGCAUUUUCACAACUUACAGACCGCAUGACCUUUUUCCAGCGGGUGAAGAAUCUGCUAUUUGACACCCAAAACCUUUUCCUCUGUAAUUUUGCCUAUGACCCAUUCACAAAGCUGGCUUCAGAGUUCCUGAAGCGGGAGGUGACUUUGCAGGAUCUCUUACGGAAGGGCUCUGUUUGGCUCCUGAGGUUGGAAUUUGUGCUAGACUAUCCAAGACCCUUGAUGCCCAACAUCAUUCCAAUUGGAGGAGUAAACUGUGCUCACAAGGAGCUGCCCCAGGUGGGUCACACUCUGUUUUGAAUUUGUGCUGUGAUGGAUUUCUGUGUUCAGGAGCCUUUAAUCCUGUGUUGCAGAUGGGAAUUGAGGUCCCAUAACGUGUGGUUGUAUGAAUGCUCCUGAAUUUUUCUCUCCCUUUCCAUUUGUAGGCAGUAGUCCUCUUCCUUCCCACCUCCAAAGCGUGCUCUGCAUUUACUCUUUUCAUUUCACGUAUUCAGAGCCAUUUUGUAUAACUUUGUCUAACUUGGUACUCUCGUAGUGAGUGACCAACGAGUCUGUGUGGGGCUGCCAAGGGCUUGCAGUCAGGUGUAAUCCCUAAUUAGCAAAUUGUUCUAGUUGGGUCUGGUGUUUACUGAGAAAUGCACCUCAGGCUUCUCUCCUAGUUUUCUCACAACCUCUUUCUUUGCCGGUGAAUUUUUGUGCUUCUUCACCCGGGUAUUUCCAAAGCUGGGCACAGGAGGAAGGUGGCAGGCCGGGGGGUCUCAGGCUGAGAAGCAGCCCCUCUGUUUGCUGGCAGAUCUAGCAAAACUUUGCCUUGGUGAUGACGGCUGAGUGAGGCACAACAGCAAAUUCCAGAGGGCUCAGGGGGCUACAGUGACUUGUCAGGUGGCAUCCAAAUGUGACAAAAGUGCUAAAGGUUUUGUUAUAAAACAUGAGGCUUAUCUGGUGCAUCCCCACAUUUAUCAGCUGCCUGAACUCUGCUGCUGGUUAUGCAGCCUUUUAUCACAUCUGUGAUUACACAUUUACCACACAGCAGAUAAAGCAAGGAUACAAAGUGGGGCUGUGGCACAGAUUGCUUAGAAGCGCGGGGCGAGCGCCGCAGCUCCUGUGCUGCCGUGGGUUUCCUUCCCUGGAA